AGCGGGAAGGGCCGGGGCCUGCGGGGCUGAACGUCUGGUCCCGGGCGGCUCUUCUGCUUCUUGCGGUGCUCGGGCUGCGGAGGUGCUGGGAGAGCUGCCGCCUGCGCUGCCCCCGGGACAGCCUGCUUUCCACCCGCAAAGCUCGCAGCUCUCGCUCUUUGCCAUCUAGUGUCGGAGGCUGUAGGCAUCUAGCCGUCCUUACGGGGCAGUACCGUGUAACGCGCACGGGGGUUUGCCUGGUCUUUGACUCGAGAGAAGAGAUUUUUCUGCUUUAGACCAAGGAAGGAGAAGUUGAUGGUCUCCCCCUCCCUUAAAUUUCCUAUCGUUGAAAGACCAAACCACCUCUGCGGCUAAUUGUACUUUGUUCUGCCUUUUUCACAGAAUCCUCCAAGUCACGGUUCUUCCUUCGGUUUCUCAGUAUUUAAUUUAAUGAAUGCAAUCAUGGGAAGUGGGAUACUUGGCUUGUCCUAUGCUAUGGCCAACACAGGGAUCAUAGGGUUUAGUAUCUUGCUGCUGAUCGUUGCCAGCCUUGCUUCUUACUCUGUCUUUCUUCUGCUCAGUAUGUGCACCCAGACUGGUGGUGGGAGAAAGCUUCCGUUUCUUUCCUUAUUGGCUUUGUUUUCUGUAGCUAGCUUUGGUCUCUCGGAUGAUUGCUUCCUGAUUUUUUUCUUAGAUCUGCUGCUCCUGUCUUCACCUAUUGAGUGAUCUUCUUCAUACAUUCUUAAAAAAUAUUCUUCAGAGCUGUCACUUCUUAUGAAGACCUCGGCCUCUUUGCAUUUGGAUCAACUGGAAAGGUCCUUGUUGCAACUACAAUAAUUAUUCAGAAUAUUGGAGCGAUGUCAUCUUACCUUUUAAUCGUGAAGUCUGAACUUCCUGGUGCUGUUGCGGGGUUUUUGAGUGGAAACGAGAGUGGAUUUUCCAACAGGUCGUGGUACCUUGACGGGAGGCUGCUGUUACUGAUUACUUCAGUCUGCAUUGUUUUUCCUCUUGCGCUUCUUCCUAAAAUUGGCUUUCUUGGCUACACAAGUAGUUUAUCAUUUUUCUUUAUGGUGUACUUUGCUCUUGUGGUUAUGAUAAAAAAAUGGUCGAUCCCCUGUCCUCUACCUCUAAAUAGUGCCAUAGAGACUUUACAGGUUUCAAAUUCGACUGGGGAUUGUAAAGCGAAACUCUUUCAUCUUUCAAAAGAGAGUGCUUAUGCAAUACCAACUAUGGCCUUCUCUUUUCUCUGCCAUACCUCAGUCUUACCCAUCUACUGCGAGCUCCGAAGUCCAUCCAAAAGUAGAAUGCAGAAUGUAACCAUCACAGGAAUUGGGCUGAGUUUCCUGAUUUACUUGAUGUCUGCUCUGUUUGGUUACCUCACGUUUUAUGACAAAGUGGACUCUGAAUUGCUACAAGGUUACAGCAGGUACCUGCCCCAUGAUCCUGUCAUCAUGACUGUUAAAGUAGCCAUACUGUUUGCUGUGCUUUUGACAGUCCCUCUAAUCCAUUUCCCAGCAAGGAAAGCUGUAUUGAUGGUCUUUUUCUCCCAUCUUCCUGUGUCGUGGAUUUGCCAUAUCCUUGUCACUUUAACACUGAAUACAAUUGUUGUUCUGUUUGCAAUGUACGUGCCAGACAUAAAAAAUGUAUUUGGAGUAGUUGUAAAAUCUUGUUUUCUGUUUUUUAAAGGUUCAACCACAUCAACAUGUUUGCUUUUUGUAUAUCCUGGACUAUUUUAUCUUAAACUUAGCAGAGAGGACUUUUUAUCACCACAGAAAAUUGGGGCAUGUGCAUUGGUUAUUUUUGGCAUUUGUGUUGGCCUUCUUAGUUUAGUUGUAAUAAUUUUCAAUUGGAUUAAUCAGUAACAGCCUGUUGUCACUGCCUGAACUGGGCUUCAGAGGGACAGCAAGAACCAGAGACGUGUCAAAGCUCCUGAAAAGAAUGCUGGACAUCCUAAAGGAAACACUGACCAAAGCUGUCUUUGGAAGAAAUAAUGCUCUAUUUUAACUGCAUUAGUGAUGUUCCUCCUUCAGUUAUUGGACAAUUAGUCUUUGCCAUUCUAAAGCAUUACUUUUUAAUGAUGUAAUUAAGACAGGUAAAAUGAUCUCUUGAGAAUUUUGCAAUGCAAAAAUGUUUUAGUGGAUGUGGUGAACAAAAGCAGAAGCUUGAAAUAACUUCUGUUUUAAAGACGGUGAGACAGAUAUUACAUCAAUUAUGAUGUGCAUAUCAUGAUGUGUGCAUUUAGGAUAAUGCAUACGUUAUCCUAACCACGGGGGACUUAUGUUGCUUGAAUAAUUUCCAAAAAUUCAGCCAGUUCAUGUUAAGAACUUCCUGAUUCCAAAUGUUUACCCUAAUUUAUCCUAACAUGGAUAAAGUUUAAUGGGCACAUCAUGAUAAUACUUGUUAAUUAUGUGGGGUUUUUAAUACAGUUUUUAUACCUCAGUGUACUUGAACCAUACUGAAGUAAUUUUUAAAUUAGAAGGCUUUGCCCAUCUAGCACAAUAGCAUUUAGUAGCAUUAAGAAGUGUUUCCAUUUUGCAGUUAAUAAUAGACAUUUUUCAAUUAAUACCUUUUUUUAAAUAUUAUUCAGUGUACCUCAGUAUUCCCCCCAGUGAAAGACUUUUUUUUCUUUUUCUCUCUUCUUCCCAUUUUUACAAUUGUUUCGUAUUUGAAAUAGAGUGUUUCUAGAUUUUGUGUAUUUUUGUGUGUCAGAGAAGGUUUGUGCUUGAAAGGUAAAAUUCUGUCUCUGUUGAAGACAAAUUUUACAUUUAUGGAACCCUAAUUUUACCUUAGAUUUCUAAACUUCCGUGUACCCUUUUAUAAUUCCCCCCCGCCUUUUUUUUUUCCCUAAAUGAAAUGUUAAGGCAAUUUUCAACACCAGCUGGGCUCUUUUAAGUAUGUUAUCAAGUGCCUACUGUGGAAGUUCUCAUUAGUAGAAUGAAAGCAGUGGCUGGAAAUGGUGAGGUUUUUAAAAUUUGUUUCUGUCGGAUGGAGUGUGAUGUCUUUAAAAUAGCCUAAUCUCUUCAGAGACUUUGUGCCUGAAGGAAGCUAAGCCUCCACAGAAGUGGCUUGUAUAAAAUUAAGAAAUUAGACCUCAGCAUCAAAUGGCAAGAUUUAGAGAUUGGGAAAGUUCUUCAUUAUUUCCAGAUGCAAUAUUUCUUUUAAUUUAACUUAGCACUUUUACAUCAGAGAAGUGGAGUAAGACACAAGUGAAAGAUAGCAAAGUAAUGAAAGCAGCUAUUAAGUGACAUUUAAAUACAUUUAAAUGUCCCAAAAGUGCACAGUUAGCAAAUUACUUGACUACUUUUAGAAAGUCCUGCUGAGACUGUUCUGUUAAUAUGUUGACUUAUGUUUUUUCAGUUGAGAUAGGGGAGAUGCCCCAGAGCCUGGCAUUUCUAAUUUCUUAGCAGAGGGUCUGUGCUAUUAACCUUUUUAAUUGUGUCACAUUGGAUUUGGAAAACGCUGAUUGAUGUGCUAACUUGAACAUAACCCUGAUUGAAUGGACUUGGUCCUCACCUGUCUAAUAGGGAGGAAGAGAAAAUAGCAGAGUUGGAAUCACUACCUCCUGUGCUGACAAAAUUUCUCAUGCCAACAGAUCACUAGGCUCCCUCAGGAUCCAUAGAUACUUCUCUUUUUUUGAUAGAUGGCCUGAAGGCACCCAGGUGGUGUAGCUUGAUACUACUUCAGAAAUCCUUUUUGCCUGGAGAAUACUAUUCUGCUUAUGAGGUUAAUAUAGAUAUAUAUGGUGAUGCCUGGGAACCAACUCAGAAUUUUUGGUAGGAUCCCCACUGUGCAGGAAUUGGUACGCUAUCUUCUGGAAAAGACUGCAGUUACUUUUAUCAUAAAGUUUCUAGCAGAGGUUUCACGAUGCAAGGUGAGCCAUCUAACAGUAAUUCAGUCACAGAAACAGCACACACUCUUGGCCAGGAGUUCACGACUACUCCUGUGGCACUGGUCAGCCUGUUUAAUUAGCAGAAAACCACCACGACUGAGGGAUGUGACACGUUAUCUGCCAAAAAAAAAAUGAACUGAGUGGGCUCACCUAGGGGAUGAGAAAAGUGAGGGGGUGGUGGGAGUGGGACCGCCGUUCUGAGCAGCAGCAGCCAUUGGGUUGCACAUUUUUUUCUCAUAAAACCUCACGCUUUGCCCAGCGGUUUCGCUUCAGCCGGUUGAAGUGUGUGUGUGCACACACAGAGGAUGUCUCUGGCCACCUUUGCUCAGGGCACUGAUCAGACUUUCUCAACAGUGUGUGAGUAUCAAUGGGGCAGGCUCCCCAUCUUGCCUUUAUUCUUGUGGUUCUCCCACCUGCUCCAGCUCCUGAUACCCAGCUGUAGCUGCCGUCCUGCCCGUGGCUGCCCUUGAAUCUGGUGUUUCACAGGCUUCGUUAACACUACAGCGAUUCAGCCACUCGAGGUGGAUCUCUAGCAGUAGCACAAAAAGCUGAAUGUUUACCUUAUAAAAGUGUGCCUUGAGAAAGCAAUGACACCAGUACAACGGGAAAUUAUUUUCAGAUCUGACUGAACCAAAACUUCUUAGGAGAACGGGAGACCUUACACUCAUGUGAAUGAACUAUAGGGCUUUUUCAGACACUAGGAUUUAGAAGGAAUAUUUAUUAGAAAUUUUAUGGAAAUUGUUUCUCAUUCAUCAUACAGUCUUGUAGCAUGUGUUGAGUAAUAUUUGUAAUCACUGCAGUCAAUUUUUUAAAUUCUAACCAGCAAGACUUAACACUGAAGACUUAGAUUAUCUGUGAAGGUGCAGAGAGUUGGCAAAGUUUUGCUAAGCUUUUGCUCUUUCUUCCUCCCCCUGACAAAACUGUCUUGCCAUGCACUGUAAUGCUCUGUUUGUACACAGGCGGUUGGGUUUGUGUACACCGUCCUAAAAAACAUGACAAAAAUACCUGAAAUACGAUGUUAAUUUUACAGUUGAUUCCUGUAAUGCUACAGAAAUCACUACGUUAUUGUUUUUAAUCCCUGAGUAUUUUCCUAACCAGCCUGGCUAUUAACUAACUGUCCUAAUAGGUAAGCUUUGGAAUGGUGAAUAGCAAUGUAUGAAGUUAAUACUCUGGUGAGGAUGAAUGGAAGCAAUUCACACCUCUGCUGGAGCUCUGUUACAUUUUGGCUGCGGUGCAGACAGGAUAGCAGCACGGGGGUUACGGGAUGUGUGUUAUCUUUCAUCUGAAAAAGACUUAGAAAUACUGCUGCUUUAAGUUCCUAUGAAACGUUAACUUAAAAUACGAAGAGAGGGAGAGGGUCAUAAAGAAAAAAGAACUUCUAUUCCCAAAUUUAGGAAAAGGUGUGAGUGCUUCCCACAAUGAAGAGCAGAAUAAGGACACUGUUUUUAUCCUUCGCCUCUCCCACAGACUGUUUGUUGUGUUUGUGUAAAGGUUUCACAACAAUUGUGCACCAGCAUGAAUUUUUUGAGCAAAACAGGCCUCCAUCUGGAACACUCUGCUCACUCAUGUGUUGCUAAAUGUAUUUUUUCAUUAUUCUUGUGUACGUUUUUUUUUCCUCCCCCUGAAUUUCCAGAUUUAUAAAUUUCAGCGGUUCUGCUUUAUUUAUUACCUGUAGUUAGCGUUUUCCAACCUUCUUUUCUGAGGACUUGAAUGGAUGAAAGGGCCUGCAGCAUUUCUGAACUCAACUUGGACAGGUUCCCUUUCCCCAGCUGAACACACACAACAAUGUAAAAGAUGAAAAUUAAUUGGUAGCCUUUGGUUUGUUUUCUCUCGUUCUCGGCUUUCCAUUCCUUGUCCAUUUGAAGGCUGCUUGAAUUUCAGAUGGGCUGUGGAAAGCUGGGUGUGGAAACAGCAUUGUAGGAAGGAGUGCUGCAAAACAAAAGCACUCCUAACCUGCCUGUGUAUUGUGGCUAAUGCUCACGUUUCAUUCCCGUGUUUCUAGGCAGUUUGUAACUUAAUAUAUUGAUUUUCAUGGCAAUAAGUUUGUUUAAAAUUUAAAAUUGUUUAAACUCAGA